AUGCAGACGGGCGUCCUGAAGUACCCAGAGUGGUUCUCUCCCUUGACCAGCAAUUCCAGCUUCGAGGAUUUCCAGCGACAUUUUCACGGUAUAGCCAGGUUCGCCAAUGUUUGUGCCGAGCCUUGUGUAGAGAAGGUGCCAGAGUUUCUUGCCGCAACACAAUCUCCAGUAUCUGAAGGUUGCCACACUUCCGUUGAGGGCGAGCCUUGCAACGAGGCGGUGACCUGGUCGAUGCAGAUGGACUUCGUGGAUAACCCUCUGGCGUACACCCGCUGGAACCUGACCGAGAGUUCCAGCUUUGAGGACUUCCAGCGACGUCUGCACAGCAUCGACUCCGAGUUGUGCCCCAACCCGUGCGUCGCGCGGGAGUAA